AUGGACGCCUCCUCCCUCCGCAUCUCCAAGUUCGAUGGAACUAACUUCCACGCCUGGAAGUUCAAGAUGCAGAUGGUGCUGGAGGAACGGGACCUAUGGGAGGUCGUCAGCGGUGAGAUCAAGGCGGAACAGUGCGAGACUCAGUUGGACCAAGCGACGUACAAGAGGAAGUCAAGAAAGGCGAUGGCAGUGAUCUGUCUAGCCAUGGAAGAUUCCCAGCUACCGUUGGUCCGGUCGGCAAGUGGUGCAUGCGACGCAUGGUCAAGGUUGGAAGACCACUUCGAGAAGAAGAGUCUUGCCAACAAGCUGUUCUUGCGCCGUCGCUUCUUCACGACAAUGAUGGAAGAAGGCGACGAUGUGCUCGAACACAUCAACAAGCUCAAGACGCUGGCGGAACAGCUAGAAGCGGUGGGGGCUCCAGUCUGCGAGGACGAUCUGGUGAUCACACUCCUCGGCAGCCUGAGUGACUCGUAUCAAUUCUUGAUCACAGCUUUGGAGUCGCGCUCAGACACUCUUAGCUGGGAGCUCGUGACGUCUCGACUGCUUCAUGAAGAAAUGAAGCGGAAGGAGCAAGGAAGUAAAGGUGAUGAAGCUUCGCAAGGUCAAGCGUUCAUCACAAGGGACAAUCAGCGCAAAGGGCGACCAGUGAAGAAUGCCCCCUCGCGCAUCCAAGAAAACACGGAGAGACACCGGCCACAGCGUGCUCAAGACAGCGGCGACCGCUAUCGAUCACAACGUGCAAACGUCGCUCAAGAAGAAGACUCGGGCGACUACCUCUUUUCGAUCGGUGAAACGACAUCUGCGAAAUCGAGCGACAUCUGGCUGGUCGACUCCGGGGCGACGCAGCACAUGACGUGCUCCAAGAAGUUCAUGCGGAACUACAAGGGGUUUGACGCUGUGGAUGUCCAUCUCGCGGAUGAUAGAAUCGUCCAAGCAAUCGGCAGUGGGGACAUUGUCAUGUCGAUGAAGACACCCCAAGGGAUGAAGAAAGGUGUGCUCACAAACGUGUGGCACAUCCCAAAGUUAUCCAGAAACCUGUUCUCGGUCGGCCGCUUCAUCAAGGAUGUCGGCCCAGUGACGUUCACGAAGGAUGGGUGCUAUGGAGAAGCGAAAGGGACCAAGUGGAAAAUUGGUGCCCGUGAAGGUAAAGGACUGUUCAAGCUGCAAAUGACUCCAGUGGCGCCGGAACAAGCAAAUGCAGCCAAGUCGUCGGGAUGUCAAGGGGGCACCAAGUCGUACCUCUGGCACCUUCGGCUUGGCCACAUAGGUCAUGAUGGACUCAAUUGCAUCGUGACGAAGAACAUUGGAAUUGGCAUCGACAUAUCUUCGGUGAAGAAGUGGGACGUGUGUGAAGGUUGUGCUCUGGGAAAACAGACUCGAGUGCGCUUCCAAUCAAACACUACAGCUCGCACCUCCAAACUCCUCGAAGUGAUUCACAGCGACGUAUGCGGACCGAUGUCGAUGGCAACUUUCAGUGGAAAACGGUACUUCGUGACAUUCAUUGAUGACAAGUCAAGAUACUGUGUCGUCUAUCUGCUCAAGAGCAAAUCUGAAGUUGCGGCGAAGUUCAUGGAAUACGCUGCGAUGGCCGAAACGCAAACCGGAAAGCGCGUGAAGUACCUUCAAAGCGACAAUGGGGGUGAAUACAAGUCCGACAAGCUGGCACGAUUCUGCGCGGAACGGGGAAUACAACAAAGGUUCACACCCCCAUAUACUCCUCAGCUAAACGGAGUAGCUGAGAGAAUGAAUCGCACGCUGGUCGAGUGUGCGCGUUGCAUGAUGGAACACGCUGGACUGGGAAAGAGCUACUGGGGUGAAGCAGUGAUGACGGCGAUGUUUCUUCGAAACCGCUGUCCAACACGUGCCAUUCACCAAGACAAGUCUCCAUAUCAAGUGUGGACGAUGAAGAAACCGAUUCUGGCCAACCUUAAAGUGUUUGGAUGCCACGCGUAUGUUCAAGUGCCUCAAGACAAACGCGCGAAGUUCGACUCCAAGUCAUCACUCUGUCGUUUCCUGGGAUACGCCGAACACCAGAAGUCAUAUCGAUUUGAGGAAGUGUCAACAGGAGCGAUCAAGAUCAGUCGCGAUGCCACAUUCAUGGAAGACAAGUUUGAUGAAGGUCCGCGCAACUACAACGAUGAGUCAAGUGUCGUUGAGUUUGAUGAUCAUGAUGAGGACGAAGAAAAAGAAGAAGGUAAAACUGACGACGACAUGGACUCGAGCGACGAUGACAACGAAGACACCAGGUCUUCGAAGAGCAACAUCAAGAGACACACGCGCACUCAAUCACUUGAGAAAGCUACCGUCAUUCCAAGUCCCAAGCGAAGAACAUACAGAGGUCCGUCGCUUGAGCAUGUGUCAGCGGCUACAAUGGAUUUUGAAGCAGCCUACAUCGUUGAUUCAGUGGGGGAAACGCCGACUACAUUCAAGUCGGCGAUGGAAUCAAGCGACUCCGGCAAGUGGAAAGAAGCGUGUGACUCGGAGUUCGAUUCGCUUCAGAGAAACGACACGUGGGAAAUCGUGCCUCUUCCGAAAGGUCGCAAGGCCAUCGGGUGCCGAUGGGUUUUUCGUGUAAAGGAGAAUCAAGAUGGCGAAGUUGAACGUUUCAAGGCAAGACUUGUGGCCAAAGGAUUCUCACAGGAAUUCGGAGUUGACUAUGAAGAAACUUUCGCACCGGUGGCCAAGUUCACAUCGAUUCGUGUGGUGCUCAGUAUGGCGGCUAAGUACGGCCUAAUGCUACAUCAGAUGGACGUCAAGACAGCGUUUCUUAACGGCUCCCUCAACGAAGACAUCUACAUGGACCAGCCGGACGGAUACCUGGAUGCAACACAGCCGGACUAUGUGUGCAAGCUAAAGAGAUCACUCUACGGCUUGAAGCAAUCGCCUCGCAUGUGGAACCAAACAAUCGAUGGGUUCAUGAUCAAGAUGGGAUUCAAGAAGUGCGAAUCGGACCACUGCAUCUACAUCAAGCGAGACGACCAAGACAUGAUUCUCGUGGUGCUCUACGUCGAUGAUCUCAUCCUGGCCAGCAGCAACAACGAACUCCUCAAGUCAACCAAGAUGGCGCUGAGCAAACGCUUCGAAAUGACGGAUCUCGGUGAUGAACUUUAG